CUUGUCUGAAUCCGUCACUCAAUGCCGCGAUGAAUAAUCUUCUACGGACAAUACGAGAGAGGGAGAGGCAGAAUGGGUACAGCAACACCGACCUCAAACGAGUGCUAGCCGACGUCAAGGCUGAGCGCCAAGCUAAUGAUACGGGCAAGCUCGCGGAUCCCUUCUAUGAAGCACUGGAUGGAGUCCUCACAGAGCUGCGAACGAUGACCAUGGAUAACCGCGACGCGGAGGCGUUUCUCAAACCCGUCGGGAAGACGGAAGCGCCAGACUACUACGAAGUCAUCCAGGAACCGAUGGACCUGGGGACGAUGGUCAAGAAAGUACGCAACAAGAUUUACAAGAGCAAGCGCGAAUUCAAGGAUGAUCUUGAUCGCAUCUGGGACAAUUGCUUCCAGUACAAUGCCGCCGAGAACCACCCACUCCGCAAGUGCGCCGCCCGCCUCAGGGCGAAGGCCGAGGUCCUUCUUCAGAAUCUCACAGAUCGCAAGGAGCGCGGCGAUCCCGUCAUACCCCCUGAACUCGUAUAUACCCCAGCGAAGACGAACGGCGUCAACGGCCAUGGCGCCGCCGGUCGCAGCCACACCGCCCACAGUCGCACACCUGUGCCCGUCGCGCGGCGCCACACCCCAGGCGCCGGCUCCCGUCUCGCCGCAGGCCCUUCCAAGCGCGGGGGAGACCCCUCCAAGCGUGGCGGCAACCCCGAAGACUUCCCCAACGAGCCCGCCGUGCCGCGCACGAUGGACGGCAUGUCCGAGUUUAAGCGCCUGGACGAGCAGCUUGCGGCGCUUGACUCCGCGAUUGAAGGCAAGCCCGGAUCGUCGUCAGCGAUGGCGGAGCGGCUGCGCGAGCUCGCGCGCGGUGCCACACCUAUCCCCGGCCUCAGCCUUUCAACCGCCACGAAGCGCAAGCUCAGCGACGAGGCGAAUGUGGACUCACCGCCAGGCAAGCGCCCUCGAGAGGGCCUGACCGAUCAGGAACUCUAUGACCAGGAGCAGCGCGAGCUGCACAAUCUCUGGUGGCAGGCAAACCAGAAAUCCGAUCUCCUGCUCGGCAACGGGCUCCCACCCAUCACCUAUGCUACCUCCAUCCCGGCACGCAGGCCCAAGAAGAGGAGGCGGCCACCAGCACCGCCGCCAGCCACGGCGAACCCCAAGUCCCUGCUCUCCCUGAUGAACAGCAACAUCGCCACCAUGCGCCGCGUGCGCACGGUAAAUGCGAAGCUCGCGGCGCUCGACGGCGAGGGCGAUCCUACACCCGCGCUGUCGCCCGAGGCAGAGGAGGCGCGGGCGCUCGCGUCCGAGCAGCCCUGGCGCGUACCCACUCGCGGUGGCGGCCGACGCGUCGGCGGCCUCGAGCUGGGGCAGGAGAAUGCGGCGGCGUGCAUGACAUGGAUGACGCGCAAGACGCUGGAGCACACGGGCUUCCAGGGCGCGUCGAAGAAUGCGCUGGACAUGCUGUCGGACGUGGCGGCGGGGUAUCUGCUGAACGUCGGGCGCACGCUGAGGUUCUUGUCGGACAAGUUUGGGAAGAAGAUGACGCCGGAGGAAAUUAUCCUCCAUACGUUGUUUGAGAGUGGUGUGUCGGAGGUGCAGGAUUUGGAGAGGUAUAUUGCGGACGACGUGGAGAGAUACGGCGCGCGGCUCGCCGACAAUGAGGCGAAGCUCGUCAGGGCGUAUCGCGAGCGGGUUACUGCUCCAGAUGGAGUUGUCGUUGACGAGGGCCUCUUCGACGAGGAUGAAGACGAGGAAGAGCUCGACCCGCUCGCGCGCGGCGACCUCGCCAACUUCUUGGGCGACGAGGACGACUACCUCGGCCUCAUCUCCUCCGGCAUCGCCGCCGACCUCGGCGUCACAAGCCUCACCGUGCCCAGCCGGCUUAUGCGCGGAAAGAGGGCGCGCCCUGUGGUCGCCGCGCAGGCGCGCGUGCAGGAGGAGGAUAACCCGCACGCGCCGCCGCCGCCGUUCGUGCCGCUGGACUCGAAUACGGUCGAGGAUCAGAUCGGGCUGCUCAAGCCGUUCUACGAGGACCGUAUCCGUACACUGCGCGCGCCGCCUCCGGCAGCGGCUGCUGUACCAGCUCUUCCGGGACCGUCGAUGCGUCCGCCUGCCCCUCCAGCGCCUAUACCGCCCGUGGCCGCCCCGGUCCCUCUUCCCCCACCCAUCGCUGGCUCUUCCGCCCUGCCCAACACUUUACCUACCUCCAUCUCCCUGCUACCCACGCCCACCGCCCGACCCGACCUGCCUCCCCCGUCCCCUACCCACCCCGUCGUCCUCCCCGACGACCCGCCCAGCCUCGCACAGACCAAGAUCGGCCCCCUCGGGCAGAUCACGCGCAACGCGCCGCCCAAGAAGGCCGAGGUCGCCGCCGCGAAGCGCGCCGAGAAGGCCGCGAAGAGCGGUAGUGCUGGUGCUGGUGCUGGUGGUGGCGGCGCAGGGGAAGGAGGUGCAGGGAAGAAGCGGAAGAGCGACGGCGAGGAGGGGCCGGCGCCGAAGAAGCGGAAGAAUAUGGGGAUUGGGAGCGGGAAUUGGAAGAGGAAGAAGCCGGGGGAGCAGGGGCAGGUCGGACAAGGGCAGCAGGGGCAGCAGAAGCAGGCGAUGGCGUAUCCGGCGCCUGUGGUUGCUGCGAGCGCAUAAGUUCGUCACUGUUGAGAGUGCUAUACCAUACUCCCUGCGUUUGUUGCACGCCGUCAUGGACGGAACAGUACUUAUUUCUCGAUGGUACUUAUUGUUCAUACGCUAUCUCGGUGGACGUACAGUGCUGUCUUCGUUACUUUCAGUGUUUUGUUACCCUUUCCUGUUCUGUGUGUGUAAUUGGAUCUAUUUAUGACAGGGAAGUAUACCCUGCUCAGUCUAUUACUCCUGCACCUCCCUCGCAGUUAAGCAUGGGCACAAAGCUCGAU